UUUUAUCCAAGAUAAAGUAUUAAAUCUUAAAACAUGAUGAAAUGUUGACGUGUGCAGUUCAUUUAAUUUCAGUAAGAUCUUAAUUCUGGGGACGGGGGUUGCUGGCAAAGCAGAUAGCACAUAGAGCUGUCCACUGUCAUGAAUACAAAUAUCCUUUAACUUUAUCCUUCGUAAUUAAGAUCUUUUUCUCAGUUUUUCAUUAUAAAACGGAAUGCAUCACAUCCCUCGACUAUCAGAAGCGGUCUAUGUGGGACUGUCCUAUGAAUUAGGGACGCCUACAGAAUUGAAGAUUAGAAGGGAUGUGAUGGACAUCAAAGAGUUAGUACAGAAACCAUUAAACAAUUUGAAAGGGUGUGACAAAAUGCUGAGUGGUAGUAGGCGUGAGGGAUUCAGCUAAAGACUUCAGAUUCCGAUAGCAUGUUCUGGCCCGCAGACUACAAAGUAAUUUGUAAUCUCUCUCAGAUGAAUCACCAUGUGCUACAGCAAACUGUGAUUCUGAUGGAGUGCAAUGAUCUUCCACCCGGAUUUACUAGAUUAAUUCUGAUGUCCCAAUCUCAAAAUGCGUUGAUCAGAUUCUCCUGUGUAGCAAGGAAUAACAAACUAUAUAUCAGUAGUAAACUCUACCGCGAUACUUAUUUGCAAUCCUUUCGAAAUCUUGAUGCAACCACUACAAUGGCUUUUCAACAUGGACCUUGUUCUUCGUAUGUCAUAAUGGGAAACAUAGAAGUAGACAAUGCUUUCUGUUUUGGGGCACACCUCUGGCCGACAAUGGCUUUGCCAUGUAUACAGAGGUGUCGUCAAAAAGGAUGGCCAUCCGAAAGUGUUCUUUCAAAUAUAUUAAGUGGAGGAUUCCAUGUUGUUCCAAUUGGCAGCGCACCUGAAAAUGAAGAAGAAUGGAGAAUCUCAUUCUCGCAAGCAGAACACAAAAUUGUUUAUUCAAUGAAUCAUACUAAGUUUUUGUCCUAUGGCCUCUUUAAAAUAUUUUUAAAGGAAGUGAUUAAUUUUCUAAACCAAACACCUGUUUUAUGUUCAUACUUUACCAAAACAAUUGUAUUUUGGGCGAUUCAGAAUGAUAGUGCUUUGACAUGGACCCCUGAAAAUUUACUGCCUUGUUUCUGGAAAUGCUUCAAAUUAUUAAUAUACUGGGUACAUAUUGGGACAUGCCCAAAUUUUUUUAUACCACAAUGUAAUAUGUUUCGAUUGAAAGUGACUGGGUCUGUACAAGUUUCAUUAUUCAGUCAUUUAUUUGCCUUAUAUAGCAAAGGGGUAUCAUGUCUUCUUCUUAGUUCAACCUUGAGAUCUUUCCUCAGUAAAGCCAUUCUAGAUAGAACAUUAAGAGUUUGUACAGAAGAGAGUAGAAUGAUAUCUAAGUCUGAAUUAGAACUUCGUUUUUUUUAUGAAAUAAAACCAUUAAGUCUUCGCAUUUUUCAUAUUGAGGAAUUUGCAGCUUACAUGACACAGACAGAGAGAGCAGUAAGGUUAAGCUUGACAGUGUAUCAGGCAGUUACAUUACAAUGUAUGACAUCCAUUGUGUUACAAAACACUGCCCUCUUUUUACAGGAUAUCAUUAAUUCAGAUAGAAAUCGCAAUAAGAUAUAUUAUCAGGCUAAUAAAAUACCCAAUUUGCUAAGACUUUCCUACAAGUUAGGUUAUGUUUCGGAAAUUUAUGUACCUCUAUAAAACACGUAGGUAUGAAAAUUCACUCAGAAUUUCAGAUAUUUACGGAAAGCAAAGGAGAAAUUGUGGCUGCCAUAUAGUAUAUAUGAAAAUAUAGAUGCCUACAUACAAUGUGUGGCAAGGAUGUCUCUGGGCAAUAAAAUACGGAGAACUCUAUUGAAAGAUAUAUUUUUAGAAUUCGAGUACACAUACAUUGAUGAACUCAAAUUAGAAUAGAAGAUCAGUAGAAAGCAUGGGAAUCUACAAUUAUUUAUACCACCAUUAGUGAUAUUACACAUGUUAUUUACACUGAAUCAUCACAGACUGGGUGACACAGUCAGGUCACAACAAUCUUUAAAGGAUCUACAUACUCUGCUACUCUAUGAUGAAGAAGAGAUGUAUGUAUCAUCUAAUAGAGGAGAUAUAUCAUGGCAGAUACUUGGUAUCUGUCAGCAAAUCUGUGGGGACUAUCUGGGAUCAUUAGAGUCCUAUCAGUGUUCGUUACAGCAUGAACCAACUCAUCAAAUUCAGGAAGCGACAAAUGUAAUAUCUGUUUUUAGGUGAUAUUUUGAAGUUUGCAUGCUCCUGUAUAUUUCUCGCUUAUAUAGCAAAUAUUGUGCAUGUUACAUGUAUCAAUGCAAACUAUAAUAAAACAUACAAAAUAUGAUAAAAAAAAUGACUUAAAGGAUAUUGUCCGAUUGUUUCAAGAGUAUGCACAUGUAUAGCGGUAUUUAUUUUCAAACUUUAAAUGACAAUAUACAU